UCACAUUCUGAGGUCGUGCUAGUUCGAGGAAACGCGUGAACAAUCACCUCACUGCGAAACCGCGUGUCUCUUCACAAGCCCCAAGGACGAGGCGAGACCGUGGGACGUUUCUUAUAGGAGCACUCCAUGUGAUUCAGUGAGUUCCUUCAUCAGCGGUAGAGGUGGCUGCCAUCCGAAGCACUCACACUGCCUCUGUUCAAGAAACAAGGACGUCCUUCUUUUGCCUGGAAACCGGAGAUGCUAGGAACUAGCGGGUGAAAUCCCGUUCUGCUAUCACAACUGAACUUCAUUCGGAGGGGUUAUUCGUCUGUCGGAGAGAUCUGAUUUCGCCGGACAGAUCUGAGAAGGACCACUUAAGAAGCUUGACGUGAAUGUAAUAUCGAAGUGUGAAAAAGGCAGGAAUCAAAAGCCAUCAACAUGAAUUUUGUUAUGAAGCAGGCUUUGGGGGGGGCGACCAAAGACAUGGGCAAAAUGCUGGGAGAAAAGGAAGAGAAGGACCCUGACGCUGAGAAGAAGGAGGAGGAAAGACAAGAAGCCCUCCGACAGCAGGAGGAAGAACGGAAGGCUAAAUAUGCAAAAAUGGAGGCAGAAAGAGAAUCGAUCCGACAGGGCAUCCGGGAUAAGUAUGGAAUAAAGAAGAAGGAGGAGAAGGAGGCAGAAGCUCAGGCAGCGAUGGAGCAGGCGUCCGAGGGCAGCCUCACCCGCCCCAAGAAAGCCGUGCCUGCAGGCUGUGGGGACGAGGAGGAGGAAGAAGAAAGCAUCGUGGACACCGUCAUGAAGUUCCUCCCGGGUCCGCUGUUUGACAUGUUUAAUAAAAAGUAAGAGCGUCUGGGAUAUGUGGCUGUUAAUGCUGUCAUAAACGCCAUCGCAUCCUCCAGCCCCGACCUUUUCUCUUACAUGCUCCAGAUGCUCUGGACUCAGUCAGUGUGCCGUAGUUUUUGUCUUCAACUUGUCACUUUGUAUGUGAUAUUUUCGAUGGGAAGAAUGAAGGAGGCCUGACUUGUGCACAAAAAUACACAUACAUAUUUCUCAAGUUAAAGAUAAAUGUAAUACCGGGUUCCCCCUGAGUCCAGGCAAUGGGACAAUAAAGUUAAUUACCCAAGCACCACUUAUUUUGUUUGUAAAUAGCCUAUAAAAAGACUAUAUAUGAUUACCAGAAUAUAUAUAUAUAUGUAUACACAAUGACUAAGAGCAAAAGCCAUAAUUUUAACUCGGAGAAAGUCCUCCAAACCAUAUCGUAUUUUUGAUUAAAGUUUGUUGUUCUGUUAUGGAUAUUAUCAAUACAUUCAUGUGGUAUAAAUGUAUAUAAAUAUAACGGUUUACAUAUUAAUUUGAUUUCUGUUUUGUGAACCAGUAUGGCAGCAUAAUACCAUGAUUCAUUGUAUUUAAUUGUAUCCAAUUGUUCUAAAUGGAAAUUCUGUAGAAAUGGAGGUGAGUGAAAAACCAUUAGUGAAGUUUUUUUAAGCAUGAAAACAAUAAGUUGUGAAUGUACGGUAUGCCAUUUAAUUUGACAUUUUUAGAUGAAAUACAUUGAUAUUUAAGGCAAUAACUGUGUUUUUUGAUUUUGUUGAUUCAUAUAAGACCUGUUUUGAAACUUCUUCCUUCAGAAGUGACAUCCCUCAUAAAUAAGAUCAUUGUGCUAGCCAUCACACUCUGUAAA